ACGUUGUUCAUUUCCGGGUUGAGGUCAGACUAUGUGACUCCUAAGAUUCAUCCUACCAUAAAAACCUUUUUUCCUGAUUCCAUAAUUGUCGAAUUAGACACUGGCCACUGGGUACACUCCGAGAAACCUUUAGAAUUUGCAACAAUUGUAACAGACUUCUUGAAGACAAACACACUGAUUGACAGCACAAUCUCAAAAUUGCCCUGGCGUUUCUCUGGGGCAAAGACUUCAUCGCGAAAAAAUUUGGAAAAAAAAUUGCCGCCAUUGUUUCCACCUGGACCGGAAUGCUGGCCUCUGCUAGACGACGAAGUUGCGAGGAUCUGA